AUGAAUCUGUUGUCAGAAUCGUCCCAUUUGUCGAACAGGGUGAGGAGGCAAUUGCGGCAGGAAGUUGAGUACGGACUGAUACCAGAAGAGUCGAUACGCGAUGCUGGAGAAUAUCCUUCUGAAGAAGGAAGCGAUGUUGAAUACUAUCCUCCACCACAGCUCCCUCCGCCGGAUAAUUCCUGUGUUUGUCUCGCUGAAAAUUCCUGUCCUCCCGGACCACCUGGACCGCCUGGAGAAGAAGGUCCUGAUGGAAAGGAUGGUAUCGAUGGUGUCGAUGGUUACAACGGUUUUGACGCUCAUCCAAGUGAACCUUCGAAACUCUCGAAAGGAUGCUACUACUGUCCACCAGGUGAACCUGGACCUCGUGGUGCUGAUGGUGCAAAGGGCAAACGUGGUCAACGCGGUCCUCCAGGGCGACCAGGUCGUCCGGGAACCAAUGGUGCACGAGGCUAUCCAGGGGAUAUGGGAGCGUUCGGUCCACCCGGUCCUGACGGAGAAGCAGGAAGACCUGGACCGAAUGGGCUCGAUGGUGUAGUCUAUCAAGAACGCGCGGGUGUCAAAGGUCUCACAGGUUUACCCGGACUGGCAGGUCCACCUGGUUUACGAGGUAAGCCAGGAUCUCCUGGCCCACCUGGUGCCCCUGGUUAUCCUGGAUUGGCUGGAGUUGCAAUCAUGGAUGGUCCUCCUGGUUUGCCAGGACCAAUUGGACCACCUGGACGACCAGGAGAGGAUGCUCAUUAUUGUGAGUGCUCUCCAAGGUCAUCUGCGGUCGAAAUCGAGUCAUCAGGAAUCGGACCUUAUUAA